AUGUUCGAGCAGUGUGAAAAAUGGAGAGCGGAAUUCGGGACCGACACCAUAUUGGAAGAUUUCCACUACCAAGAAAAGCCUCUUGUGGCUAAGUACUAUCCCCAGUACUACCACAAGACCGACAUAGAUGGAAGACCAGUUUAUGUUGAAGAGCUGGGUUCCGUCAACAUCAACAAAAUGUACGAGAUCACGACCCAGGAUAGAAUGCUCCGCAACCUGGUCUGGGAAUACGAGUCCUUCGUCAAAUACAGACUGCCCGCAUGCUCUAGAAAAGCUGGGUUUUUGAUCGAGACCUCAUGUACUGUGUUGGACCUGAAGGGGAUCUCGCUUUCUGCGCUCUCCCAGGUUCUGUCAUACGUCCGUGAGGCCUCCUACAUUGGCCAGAACUAUUAUCCAGAAAGAAUGGGGAAGUUUUACCUGAUCAACGCUCCGUUUGGCUUCUCCACGGCAUUCAGACUGUUCAAACCGUUUUUGGACCCAGUCACCGUUUCCAAGAUCUUUAUUCUGGGAUCCUCGUACAAGUCAGAACUGUUGAAGCAGAUCCCAGCAGAGAACCUGCCAGUCAAGUUUGGUGGAACUUCCGACGUGAGCGAUGCAGAGGGCGGACUGCUGCUCUCUGACGUGGGCCCUUGGAGAGAGCCUCAGUUUAUCGGUCCCGAGGGCGAGGCUCCACAUGCCUUUACUAAAUGA